CUGGUGUCGCUGGCUGUCAAAACAGUGGAAUUCAAGGGGCACUUUUUUGUGAGAAUGAGGGAAACUUUGGGUGCUGCAAACCUGCAUAAACAUCCAUAGGCGCUGCACAAAUUCACCUCCGACGUAGUCCAAUAGACCUAAUAUUCUAGAAUGACGACAUAUUCCGAGGAUAGCGAAGGGAAAUUUAUUCCGGCCUCCCAGCGACCCGACGGCACGUGGCGGAAGGCGCGCCGGGUGAAGGACGGCUACGUGCCGCAGGAGGAAGUGCCUCUGUACGAGAGCAAAGGGAAGAUAUUCGCCAAGAAGCCCCUCUUGCCCGUGGGCAUGUGUCCCGUGGUGGCGCAGAAGGCGCGCGAGCAGCGCGAGCGUGAGCAGAAGAAGCAGCAGCAGCAGAGCAUCCCCGGCCUCCUGGUGCUGAACAAGUCCACGGGCGCCAAGGCGAAACCGCACAGCGCACCCAAGAAGCCCCCCGAGAAGAAGACCAGCCCGCCAGUCACCAGCACCGCCCUGGAGGACGCCACGCGGCAGCUGGGCGACGUGCAGCUCGAGGAUCCGGCCAAGAAGCUGAAGAAGCUGCGGCGGAAAGUGCGCGAAAUCGAGGUGAUCGAGGCGAAGCUGAAGUCCGGCGAGCUGAAGAACCCGGAGAAGGAUCAGCUGGACAAGGUGGCGCGCAAGGCGGACAUCGUGCGGGAGAUCGCCAAGCUGGAGGCGAGCUGCGCCCAAUAGUGCGCCGCACACGCGCGCGUCCGGGAGAGCAAGCAAGGGCUGUGGACCAUCGUUGUUCCCCUCUUCUGGCGGUUCAUUUUCCCUCCCCAAGUGUUUGUUUUCGACGACCCACCCCGCGAUUUGGUACAAAGCCUCUCUCUGUCCUCGCCCAUCUCACCGUCUGCAUUUCAUCGUGUAUAGAAAGAAUUCAGUCUAGCCAUUUGUACGUUCGUCUUAAGUUCCCCGCGAGUAAGUUAAGGUCCUGAGAUGGUUCAACUGUUGAGCACCCCCGCAAAACACACACACAACACACACAGCAUCAGUCUAGAGACUCGCGAGCGAGUCGAAUGUGAUUUUUCCGACUUAUAGCAUUGAUUCUCCACCCCCAGAAAAGUACGAGAAACUUCUAGUGGAUAGAAUUAUAAUAAAGAUCUUUAAGAGAUAA